AUGCCGUUCUGCGGGGAUCCUCUUGACAAGACAGCGCAGAAUUCUUACCAAUUGUACUCGUCGGGCCACAUUGGCAUGCGCGAGGGUCGCUUCAAAAUCUUGUCGUCUUCGGCGAUUCCUACAGUCGACGUCGCCCAACGACGAUUGCGAAGUGAUACCCUCAAGGUUUCCAAUUUUGCAUUCCCCGGCGCCACCGCUGAAACCGACUUUCCGAAGCAACUAUCUCGCUUCCUUGAAAAGACUGAUGGCAAGGUCGAUCAACCCCGGAGAGCAUCCUUGGAUCCGGGCGAGGCAACCUAUGUGAUUUUUCUGGGAAUCAACGAUUGUGGAGCUAUGGGAUCUGAAGACUUGGAAAGCAUCGUUGAGAGCAUCUUCGACGUUCUUCACCGCCUUUAUCUGAAAUGCAACGCUCGAAACUUCAUCCUCUUCGACGUUCCUCCGACGGAUCGCUCACCACAAGCCGUAGACCGUGACCUCUCUGCGGUGUUAGAAGACAACAUCACGACCUGGAACGACGCCCUGCGGGCUCAAGCGAUUGAAUUCGGGUCAUCAAACAAGGAUGUGACGGUGUUUCUCUUUUCGGCGCAUCAAGUACUCACCGAUGUGCUUGACGACCCGCUAGAAUAUGAUUUUGGAGAAGACGAUCCGGGCAUUGAGGGGGGCCGUAUCUGGGAGGAUGGAUUGCACCUCACAUCCGACAUACACGAUAUAUUAUGCAAGCAGCUGCUCACAUCUAUCCUUGUAGACCAACUGUAA